AUGGUCGCCCUUCCAGUCGGUGUCAAAAAGUCUUUAGAUGAAACAGGAGUCGACUAUGUGCGAGUCGGAAAUAGUGGCCUCAGGGUGUCAGUUCCAAUCAUUGGCUGCAUGAGCAUUGGGAAUCCAGAGUGGGCGGAUUGGGUCGUCGGGCCUGACAAGGCUCUUCCACUCCUCAAGGCCGCAUACGAUCGUGGAGUCAAUACGUGGGAUACAGCCAAUAUUUAUUCCAAUGGAGACUCCGAGAGAGUGAUUGCACAGGCAAUCAAGGAAUAUGACAUUCCGCGACACAAACUGGUUCUCAUGACCAAGGCCUAUAGCUGCGUUGGCGAGCAGCAGUUCAAUGCAUACUCUAUUUUAGAUGAACUACGCCGAAGCAAAGACUACGUCAACCAGUUCGGCCUCUCGCGGAAAGCUUUAUUCAAGGCCGUGGAGGACUCUCUUCAGCGACUUGAAACGGACUAUAUCGAUCUUUUCUGGAUUCAUCGUUUUGAUCCAUAUACACCAAUUGAAGAGACCAUGCGGGCUCUUCACGACCUGGUGACGUCAGGCAAGAUUCGUUAUAUCGGUGCCUCCUCAAUGUGGACAUACGAGUUUGCCAUGAUGCAAUUCUGUGCGGAAAAGAACGGAUGGACAAAGUUCAUUGCUAUGCAGAAUCGCUAUAAUCUCCUAUACCGUGAAGAAGAACGUGAAAUGAUCAGGUUCUGCAAUGUAACAGGCGUUGCUGUUAUCCCGUGGGGACCUCUUGCAGAAGGGCGGCUUGCACGUCCUUUGACGGCGCAUGGAACUACGGCGCGCUCUGGCGGCGAGACUGCUUCGUCCCUCCGGCCCGAGACGACGGAGAUCAUCAACCGAGUUGAGGAAAUUUCGAGGCGCAAAGGGUGGACUAUGUCCCAGGUUACCUUAGCGUGGAUGCAGAAGCGCGUGGCUAGCCCUAUUAUUGGCUUCAGCAGCGUUAGACGGAUCGACGAGGCGCUGUCUGCUCGCGGAAAGGAGCUGACUUCGGAAGAAGAGAGGUACAUCGAGGAAGCGUACAGGCCCGUUGAAGUCGAAGGUCAUUUCUAG